UGUUUGCCCUCAGACCCGCCGCUCGGCGCUGAGCUGCGGCCACUCGGAACCGGGAUCACUCCCUUCACCAUUUCCCGGUCGCCAGCAGGCAGAGGCGGCGGCCGGAGCCGGAGCCGGAGCUGGGGCCGGGGCGGGCGGCCGAGGUGAGAACUCUGCCAGCCCCGCUGGGAAUAUGGCGACCGGUGGCUACCGGGCCAGCAGCAGCCUCAGCGGCAGCACCACAGACUUCCUGGAGGAGUGGAAGGCGAAGCGCGAGAAGAUGCGCGCCAAGCAGAACCCCCCGGGCCCCGCCGCCGCCGGCGGGGCCAGCAGCGACGCGGCCACCAAGUCCCCUGCGGGGGCGCUGGGCGCCUCGGCGCCCCCCGAGCUCCACAGCAGCCUCCCGGGAGGCGCGGCCGCACCUGCUGCCCCGGGCCCCGGGGGCGUGAACUGCACGGUCGGCCCCGCCGCACUGACUCGGGCCGGCCCAGUCCCGCGGCGGCCGGAGGACGAGACCCCUGCCCCCGCCGCCGCCGCUGCCGCAGCCUCGGGGGCCCCUCUGGCCCCGGGCGACGAGGAGGAGCCGGACGGCGCCCCCGAAAAGGGCCGGAGCUCAGGCCCCAGCGCCAGGAAAGGCAAAGGGCAGAUCGAGAAGAGGAAGCUGCGGGAGAAGAGGCGCUCCACCGGCGUGGUCAACAUCCCGGCGGCGGAGUGCUUAGAUGAAUAUGAAGAUGAUGAAGCAGGGCAGAAGGAACGGAAAAGAGAAGAUGCAAUUACACAACAGAACACGAUGCAGAAUGAAGCUGUAAGCUUAUUAGAUGUGAGCAGUUCCUAUUUGCCUCAGGAAUCAUCUAGAACAGUUUCAGGCAGAUACAAAAGCACAACCACUGCCUCUGAAGAUGAUGUUUCAAAUCGAUUUCCCCGGACAGACAGAGGUGGAUUUGGUAGAUAUAACAGAGAUACAAAUAUUGCAAGUAAUCUGGUUUCAAGUAGCACAUUGGAAAAGAAAAUUGAAGAUCUUGAAAAGGAAGUUGUAAGAGAAAGACAAGAAAAUCUAAGACUUGUGAGACUGAUGCAAGAUAAAGAGGAAAUGAUUGGAAAACUCAAAGAAGAAAUUGAUUUGUUGAGCAGAGACCUAGAUGACAUAGAAGAUGAAAAUGAACAGCUAAAGCAGGAAAAUAAAACUCUUUUGAAAGUUGUUGGGCAGCUGACAAGGUAGAAGAUUCAAGACCCAAUGUGGAUAACAAAAAAAAAAUUUUUAAACUACUGAUUGAGUGUUAUGGUUAAUGCUAGGAUAAUAUUCCUAUGCUGCAGUACAUUAAAGUAACUAUGUAUAUUUAUUUCUAGAAAAAGGUUUGUGUUUAUUUUCAAAAUAUUUCCUUUGCUUUAUUACUUUGAAAAAAGUAUCAAAUCUUUUAUUUCACAAAUAAGUAACAUCUCUUAGUUCAUUAAAAUGAUAGGUAAUGCCUCUUUUGGUUUCGUGUGGUGUUCAAAUAAUAUAUAGUUUAAAGACACAACUGUUUGAGUAUAUUUUAUCUGUGUUGAUGCAUUUUCACCCUAAAAGAAUAUUCAUAGUCUUUGUUUACAUGAAUUUAAAUACUCUAGGGGAAUUACCUACAAAUGCCUUAUUACUGAUGUGUGCAACUUUAUGUGAAGACUUAUUCAUAGAGGUCUGUGUCUACUGUCAUUUAAUCUUCCCACUUAUUCUAAGUGAUUUAUAGUAAUAAGUAAUAAUCGCACUAUUUUGUAUAACAGUAAUCUUUUAAAGGAAAGCUAUUAUAAAAAGUUACUUAAUAUCAUGUUCUAGCUGGCUAAAUAUAAAUUUAAGUAAAUACUUGAAUUGUGCUAUAGUAAAUGGAAAUUUACUAUUGUGUUUGAAUACUGAAAAAAUUUUCAAUUACUCGUCUGAAAAACACGUUUGUAAUUUUAAUGUAUAAUUUCUUACGUAGGUACUACUUUUGUUACAUUUAUUAGCAAAUAUGAGAUAUUCAAAAGUUUAUUCAGUGCUUGAAAGUGGUACAAUAUCAGUGAUUAAGAAGAGAAUUCAUUUCUGUAUUAUCAAAUGUAUUACAUUCUGAACCAAAACCAUACACUUAAAACAUUUGUAUGUAUAUAUUAACAAAGCAAUAUGUAAGCAAAAGUAGCACUGAAAUAAUGUUGCCUAAUAAUUUCUAAGUUGGAGAAACACUGUGACACAGUUUUUCUCAUACGAGAGAAAUUCCCCUGUCCCAAUUUUAAGGGAUUUUUCUUCCUAACACUGAACCUUUAAAAACAAUGAUUUUUGAAGAAUUAUAAAAAUAUUCUCACCUAUUAAAUAUUCUUAGUACAAGUUGUUUUAUAUUACAUUUUCCUAUUGAAUAAGAACCCAUUUCCUCUCUGGGUGUUAAAUUAAGAAAUUUCUGCCUGGUAGUGAACCUUAGGUAGCAAUAGUGAUACCAGUAUAUGGGUUCAGUGUAUGGGAGUGGCUUGACCAUCAAAUCCAAUUGGAGUUCCCUGCUGAUUCUUUUACCUUCACUUGCAAAGCUUAUGCAUUCACUCAUUCAUUCACUCACUACUAGGAAAAUAUGGAAGGUACGACCAGUAGGGGAAAAUGUGGCGUAGUGCUAAACAUCAGAUGUUAAAUGGAAAAGUACCUGCAUUCACUUAAGACUAGUUGUGUUCCUCUGCUCCACAUUUUAGAAGUUUCAAAAUUGGCCAAUCAUCAGAAUCAUUUGAAGAUGGCUUGGGAUAUGGCUUAGAGGUGUUGCCUUGCACACACAAGGUGCUAGGUUUAAUUUCCCAACACUGUGUAUGUGUGCGUACACACACACACACACACACACACACACACACACACCCCAGAAUCAUUUGAGGAACUUGAAAAGAAUCCCUGGCUGUAGCUGCUCAGUAGGUUUAGGUUGGGAACUUAGACUCAGGAAUUUUUAAAGAUCAUCAUUUUAAAUGAAUAAUUCUGAUCAUGUAAUUUAGUUUUGGAAUUAGCUACUUCGUAUGUUUAUUCUUGUAUUUUCUAUUGAUGACCCUGGAAUUGACAACUUUACCCCAUUUUUCUCUUUUAAUCUAAUAAUUAGCAUUAUGUCUCCCAAAAAGUUUAAUAUUAGAUUACAGAAUUACUACACAAGGGCUUUCUUUUUUCUUUGAGGCCUUUACCUAGCACUGGGACCGUGCACUGCUGCCCACAGAUCUGGGUGGUACACAGGCUCCUCACCUUGGCUGUAAGGUGUUCAUCUCAGUUUAGUUAUCCUUAAGUAUGUAGCAGAAAUGUCUCUAUUAUCUGCUUCCUCAUUUACUUUUUGUAUAUUUGAAAAUGCUACCAAUAUCCAUUCUUAAAAUAUAUUAGUGUAUUUUUUCAUUAAAAGAAUUAGUUUGAAUAUUCUUUUUAAUUCAAACAUAGGUAAACAUUUUGCUUUUGAAAAAUGUCAGGUAUGGGGGCUGGGGAUUUAGCUCAGUGGCAUAAGCACCUGCCUUGCAGCAGGCGGUCAUGAGUUUGAUCCCCAGUACUGAUUAAAAAAAAAAAGUCAGGUGUGAACACUUGUAAAGACUAAGUUGUUUUAUAAUUUUUCCCUAUCUUUGGUUUAUUGAGAUUAUUUCCAGAAAUAGUUUUGCUUUUGAAUGCAAUGAUACCAGUAGCAAAUACAGAAACUUCACAGUUUAAGGAAAGUAUUUAUAUCAGUCUUUAAGGAGGUAGGGGCCUCCUUAAACAUGAAUUUAUUUUACAUACAGAUUUUUUUCAUUGACUAUUGAAAAAUAGAGUUAUCUGCUAUAAUUUCCUGUUAAAGUUUAUUGAAAAUGAUGACAUUUUUAAAAGAUGACACCCUAGAAAACUUAACUGACAUUGCAGAAAGUACAAGUAUUUGUGACAUUUAGUCCUGUUAACAGAUUGUUUUUUAUAUCUUGUGGGAAUUUGUGACAUAAUAAAAUACAUCCACAGCUGUAUUCAUAACAUUUAAAAUUAUGUUUAAAAUGAACAUGAUUUGUCUCCCCAUUCUGAUGUUAAUUAGCAUGAAAAUUACUGUAAUAGUCUUUAUUUCAUUUUUUUCUAGGAUAUUCUCUCUCUCUGUCUCUGUCUCUCUCUCUGUCUCUGCCUCUCUCUGUCUGUCUCUGUCUCUCUUUUGGUAUCAGGAAUCAAACUGAGGACCUUGUGCUUGACAGGCAGGCCCUAUGCCACUGAGCUAUAUCCCUGACCCUUUUCUGGAUUCCUUAUAAUCUGUUGUAAUAUAGUUACUAGAAAGAAAAAGUAUUUGGGAUAUGUAUUUUUACUAAAUCAUAGUAGAUAGUUCUUUCACACUUGUUCAAGUAGUUUGAAAUAUAGAAAAUUAAGUAUCAUGCAAGUACAUGAGACAGUGUUUGGUUUUUUUCUUCCUUUGUCAAUUUAAAUUUUAAAAAUUGUGGUAGAAGCAGUAUAUUUUUAACAUGAAAAACCUACCUCAGUUAGAUGCAGUUUGUGUUUUCUGGAGUAAUCUGAAUUUCUAUAAUUAGAAAUUAAUACAUAAAAGUUUGAGUCCAUCUUUAAUUUUUGAAAAUAAUACAAGUCAGUGUAAUAGAACAGUCCAUAUGCUCAGCACCAUAAAACAACACAGCAGAGACCUUAGACUUGAGAAUUGAUUUGAUGUGAUAAACAAUCUCCUCAUGUACAAUGGUAGUCAUUUUUCUUAUAAUUUGUAUAUCAGUGUGUAGUAAGUUACAUGUAGUGUUGGCAUUUAUUCAUGAUUUUGUUAACUUGUUCCAAGAUUAAGGUACAUGUUUUCAUUUGAUUUCAUAAGAUAACCAAAUAGCCUUUCAUUAGAAGAAAUAUAUUAAAUGAGAGCAAAUUGACAUUUCAAGAGUCAGAACUUUAAACAGUAAAUUAAAAUUAGUAUUACACAUUUUCAUAUUGUAUCUGUACCAAUUUUAAUGUGUAACAAUAAAGCUUGACUUCUUUUGCAAUAUGUUUAUAGAGAACAUCUUGUUGACUAGAAUGUUAAUUUAAAUUGCUUAUCUAAGAACUAGUAUUUUGUUCCAUUAAACUCAAGCACAUAUACAAAGGCAUCUCCUCCCCAUGCUUUUCAGUUUCUCUUGAUGUACAGAGGUUGGUUUUGUUCUGUUUAAAGACUUGAACCUUAUAUAAGAAAACCUGAGCCCAUAUUGUCUUUCUUAACUAAGUCUCAUAGAAUAUAAAUUCAUACAGUAUGUACAUGGGGUUUAUGUUAAAUUGUCAUAACCUGUUUCAGCAAGUAUUUAUUAAUCAUGGGUAUACUGUUACAGGUAUUAUAGAAAUUUUAAGCAAAUGGACAUGGACUAGUUCUUCACUUAGCAGUGUAUCAGUAGUACAAAGUGUAGUCAUUAGCCUGCUUAAUCUGAGUAGUUCCCUCAAAAGUACUUUUUUGGUAAUAAACUUAUACCAUUGUAUUUUAGAUCGAGUUAUUAGGUAAUUGUUUAGUUUGUUGGAACACUUACUGAACAGUGGAAGCAAGGAAGUGAUGUAUGUUAGGAAGGUACCUUACCAUAUUUUUAAGAUAAUUACGCUUUAGGAAAAGGACAAGUGAUAGUGAAGUAAUAAGUUCAGUGUGUGUUAAAUGCACCAAGCUGUUCAUAAUGUUUGUAUGUGUUUCAAAUUAGUAUUUCUGUAUACAUUAUUAAUUAUUGGGGUUUUUUAAGGCAUUUAAGCCUCUUCUACUCUAAAGUGUGUAUACUGGCUGUUUCUCUGGUAGUAAUACCAUGUUAGUGGUGAUCACUUGAUUAAGUACCUGUGUUUUGUUUUGUUUUCCCUUCUGGAUACCAGAUGAGGUAUAUGUUACAUUUUGUUGAACUUUUUUUUUUUUUUUUUUUAAGAUUUGGCUGUGGUAUGUGGAGUUUUUAUUUUCAUGGAUUUGAUUUUUCUAAAUUUAAGAAGUAGCUGUUGCUACCGGUGAAGACCAUAUGAAAGCUAGAAUUUACUGUUUUUUUUUUUUUUUUUUGAAAAAAUUAGUUCAUUCAGAUAACCUAAAUAUUUAUGCAGAAAACAUCUGGAUGAUUUAUUGAACUCAUUAGUAUUGUGUGGACAACUUUGAUCAUUCCCAUUGCAUAGGUUUUUGUUGUGGAAUAGUCAGCUUCAUAUGGGUUCACUUUUAAUAUGCUUGGCAUGUAAAAAAUAAACACUCAAUAAAAAGUAAGUUUUCAUUUAUUUUUCAAUACUGUUUUUUUUCUUCCUUGUACUAUUGGUGAAAUCUGAUGCAUGAGUUUUACUUCUGAAAUUAAAGGGCAGUGAUAAUCUAAUUGAUUUACAUGUUUUGUACAGAAACAGUACGUAGCACUUUAAGAAUUUUGGCUUUGUUAUUUUGAAAGGAAUAUUUUAAGUAACAAUAAUACAGUAUUAAGGUCUGACUACACUAGGGGAGACUUCUUGAAUAACGCAUUACACAUAUGUUCAACCAAACCUAAAGUUUUGUUUCUUUGUUUUAAAAACUACCAAAUAUGCAAGCAGGCAGUCGUGAGUUCGAUCCGUGGUGCCGAUAAAAACAAAAAAGACAAAAAAAAAAAAACCAAAAAACUACCAAAUAACUUCAUUUAAAGUUGGAACUAUUACCAACUGUAUCAGAUGGUGUUUAAAGAAUUUCAGAUCCUUCAUAGUUUGAAAAAGAUAACUAGGAGACUAGGAAUAUAUAUAUAUAUCACACACAUUUUUAAGCAAAUGGCUUACAUAAUCAUUUGUCUAAUGUGUCAUUCUUUACAUACCUGCAUAAACUAAACUUUUUUACUUCUAGAACUCAGUAAUGUCAAAAAAGUGAAUGAACCUCCUUAUUAGUUUAAUAUUUCCAGUCCUCCUAUAGGAACAUUUUUUUUUACAAGCCAAUUGGGAAAAAAAAGGUUGUAAGAUUUCAAUGUCUUCAUUAAAGCUGAAACCCUUUAUUAUAUACUGUGUUAGAUCUCUAUUUUUUCCUUCUGAUACACUUGUUUGUAUGUACAUGUAUACACACAUAUUAUCAGCAGCUUACCCUUCCAAUGUCUAUUCUUCAUCCUCCCAAAGGUUACACUUUAUUUUUGAUCACCUUGUGAAAAAAAAUAUAAUGUUGGACUUUAAUGUUAAAGGAAGGGUAAAUAGGACUGGUUAUAAUAUACUUUAGAGUACAUUGAUUUUUUUUAUGUCUAGCCAGAUAAAAGAAAGUUAGAAAGGAAAACUUUGUUUUUAAGCCUAUACCAGAUGCAUAAUUUUACUCCCACUUUCAAAAAACUUGUAGAACCAUAACCUGUGCAUGUAUGCAUGUAUGUGUAUGUUUCCAGGAAUUGAACGUAGGCCUUCAAGGCAUGCUAGGUAAGUGUUCUGCCACUGAUCUUCUUCCUUAGGUAUCAUAAUGCUUUUAAAUAAAGGAAAAAAUUUGUGUCCAGUAAUUUGAGCCAAUUAAAGAGAGUCAGUUGAGUUGGGUGUGAUGGCUUAUACCUGUAAUUCCAGCAGUGAGAGACUGUGACCGGAGAAUUGCCUUUUUUAGUUCAAGGUCGUUGUGGACUAUGUAGUGAGAUUAAAACCAACCCGAACUACAUAACAAAAUUCUGAGAAAAAAAAAAUUUACUUUAACAUAUGUACUACUAAACACUGAAUUUUGUACAUAUGAAUAAUAAGAUUUUUGAUUGCAAUAUGUUUUUUAUGUUAAAAUACGCUGUUACUCAUGUUGGUUUCUAUCUCUGUUUAUAGACAUGCUAUGAGACACCAAAGUUGCAAUCUUUGCAAUAUAUUACUGAUACGUACAUUCCUUUAAAUGUAAACUGCUUAUUGUAGUUAAGUAAGGAUAAUGUCUAGUGGAUAUUUCAGCUUUUAUGAAGCUGAAUUAUGAAUAGAAUUCGCUUUUAUGAAGCGAAUUAUGAAUAGAAAAAUAAUUUGUUACCGUUUUUAUGCACAAGUGUAAAUUAUGCUGUUGUAGGAAAUCCAUAGUGAAGAAUAAAACACUACCAGUAAUACUGAGAAGAACUGAAAGUUUAUUAACUUUCUUGACAGUUUCAUAAUUCAGGAUAAUAAACAGCAUCACUAACAAAAUUAUUCAAAUCAUAUUCUUACUAUGAUCUAAAUCAGUGAGUGAUUUGUUUGUGUUUUUGUCUUUGUUUCAUGUGACAAGGUUUCACUUUGUAAUCCAGACGGGCCUUGCACUCACUGUAACCAAGGGUGACCUCAAACUCAGCAAUCCUUCUGCCUUAGCCUCUUGAGUGCUGGAAUUACAGGUGUGCACGAGCACACCCAACUUAAUUUUAUUUUGUUGGAAUGAAUAAAUACACACUUUGGAAGUGCUAAUUGGUAAUCAUAGGAGAUCUAUAAAGACCUCUUAUAACCUUGUGGAGAUUAGUAUGCUUUAGAUACAGCACUCAGGUAAUAGUUUAAGUAUAAUAUCUUUAAGAUAGCACCAAGUAAUUACUAAUUCAGUACCAUAAGUGCCUCACUGAUGUAGGUAAUAUGCUAGGUGAUUUAUAUGUUAUCUUAUUAUUUAAAGACCCAUGGAUUGUACAUUUUGGAAGGCCAAUUUACCUAGUGUCCCAAAGCUAGUCUAUGACUCUGAAAAACACAGACUUAUCCUGAAAGACUCAUUUUUGUGUGGCAUAAUUGUUGUACUAACCUUUUUUUUAUGGUACUGGGGAUUGAACUCAUGACCUCACGCUUGCCAGGCAGGCGCUUAUGCCACUGAGCUAUAUCCCCUGCCCGUGUACUAAUUAUUUGUAGUGUAUCUCAAAGUUUUUCCUACACUACUAAUUAGUAUUAUCUUCACUUAAUAACCUCUUAGAACUUCUAGCCAGACAUUGUGGCCCAAACCUGUAAUUCCAGUACUUGAGAAUCUGAGGCAAGAAUAUUACUAUGAUUUCAAAACCAGCCUGAAAUAUAUAGUAAGCCCUUGUUUAAAAAAGCAAAAGAAAAUUCUUUGGCCCCAAACAAUACCUGAGUCAGAAUCUGAGCAUGAGGCCCCAGCAGUCUGUGUUUGAAUAAAUACUUAAAGUAACUCUGAGGUGCAAGUCAAAAACUUUCAAAUUCUUUCAAAUCCAUUUCUUUGUUAAAAAUUUUUUUGAGAUAGGGUCUCACCGUGUGAUAACCCAGGCUGCCUUCAGACUCAUGAUCCUCGUGCCUCGGUCUUGCAUUGUUGGAAUUGUUAGUGUGUGCAUAUGGUUGGUUGCAUUCUGUUUUUUAAAAUGAAGAUCUUUGUGGACAUUGUAUCAUUGUUUAAAUAAUAUAAUGUGAACUGGCUUUUAAAACAACCCCUGGUCUUCUCAUUACAAAAGGUGGUAUCAGUAAAACCACAAGCAUAGACGUUGGCAGCUUGACAUAACCCGUGUUGGAACUGAAAUAGAUUUUUAAAUCCAAGACACUCUGGAAUAAAAUUUUUGUUCCAUGUUAAGGUUCAUCUCUGUUACUACUUGAAGAAUUUUGGUAAUAAUAAAGUGGCCACUGUGUAUGUAUAUAUUUUUUGGGGGGGGGGUCAAAUUUUAGCCCUUGAUUGGAACAAAUGUAUGUUUCGUCAGUUAUAGGGUUUUCUUGUUUACUUGUUUAGGCUCUAUGGGACAGUCUAUAAAGAGUCUUAAUGAGUUACUCUUUGAGUUUAGAAAAAAAUAAUUGGUACUUUGUAGCUAAUGGAUUAGUGGGGAGGAAUCAACUUGUAUCUUAACUAAAAAUUAAGAUGAUUCAGAAUUUUUAAAUGUAUGACAGCUUUUAAACUUUUUUAAAAAAGCAUUAGAAUAGUUUCAGAGUUAGAGAAUUAUUGUGAAGAUAGUACAGAGUUCUUAUAUUCCCCUAUACCAUUUCCCCUAUUCUUAACAUAAUAGUAUUACACAGUUUUUACAAUUUUUGAGCCAAUAUUGAAAUUGGCUGACAGCAGUACUGGGGAUUGAACCUAGGGCUUUCACACUAAGCUGUGGACCCAGCCCUUUUUAGUUUUUUUGAAGGAGAUCUUAACUAAAUUGCCUAAACUGGGCCCAAGCUCACAAAAAUCCUUCCUCAGCAUCCCAAAGCACUGGAAUUAAAGGUAUGUGCCACCAUUUCUGCUGAUAAUUUAAAAGCCUGUAUUUUAUUUAUAUUUCCACAGUUUUUCCCUAAUGUUCUUUUCCUGUUACAGAAUCUUGUUACAAAUUACACUUACUUAUUAGGUCUUCUUUUGACCCUUUUGGCUACCACAGUGUUUCAAUCUUUGCUUGCUUUUGAUGCCCUAGACAGUUUCCAAUACUGGUCUGGUAUUUUUUACAUUUUCCUAUGGAUGUUUCAGAUACACACAAAAACAGAGAAAAUACCAUCUUCAUGGUAGUACUCAGUCUAUUCCCCUUUUUGCUGGUAUUUUUAAAAGUUAAUUGCAAUCCUAUCAUUUCACCUAUAAAUAAUUUAGUACACAUCUCUAAUAAUGAGAACUUAAAAAAUAACCACAUUAUGCCUGAGAAAAAUUAAUAGUAAAUCCUUAAUCAUUAGUUGAGUUGGGGUUCUCUAGGAAGCAGAAAUCCCAUGAGGUUCCCUGGGGAAAAGUUUUUAGAAGAAAGUUGGAGAGGGAACUAGGGAAGAUUGAAAAGAAUUUGUCAGAACUUAGUAGAGGGUUAACUCGAGUGAGGAAGAGCAAAUGAUUGGGCAGGAAGUCCGAAUCCACAGAGAAGAUCUUAAGACAACCUGAGCAAGGCUAAUGAGUCCUCUAGCCAAAGGCACCUAUUCCUUGAGUAGCUGCACAUCUUGACUGGACCUUUCCUUGUAUUUUGGCGAUGUUCUUUUGUUGGCUUCGAGCAUCCACUAAGAACUGUAGCUAGCUGAAAGUACUGGUGUUAAAUUCAGACCACAGCAACUGUCAGUAAAGUGACUCACCCUGCAGGUGGAUAGCUGAGAAUCUGUAUGUAUCUACUAUACUUUGUGUUCAGAUUUACCCCAGAUACUUGUCACCUGUCUGUUGGUUUGUUCUAAUGUGGAUCCAAAUGAGAUCUUUUUAACCUUAGAGUUCUCAUGCCAUUUUUAUGCCACUUUUUAAGUUAUGGAAAAUCAUUUGUUCUACAGAAUUUCCUUCAUUCUAGGUUUGACUGAUUGUAUCUUUGUGGUGAUAUGUCUCUCUGCAACCACCUACUUUUUCUGAAUUGUUAAUAUAGACGUUUUCUAGAUUAGAUGAGUGUGUACUUCCUCCUGAAUCCAACCAAAAGGCAUGUAAUGUCGUUUUAUUUUUAAAGAUAGAUUGAUUAGUAGGUUCAGAUGAUAUUAGCUUGAUUGUGUAAUUCUUCUUUAGUCUUAUAUAAUGGAUCGAACUGGGAAUGAAACUCGGGACCUUUGCUUGCCAAGCAAACAUGAGUUGUGUAUAUAUCUAUCUCCAGUCCCAGUCUUAUAUAAUGGAUAUAGCAAACAUUGAUUGUCCAUUAUAUCAUUAGGUGUUGCAAAGUGAGCUUUCUAAUGCUAUCAUUCAGUUAACUUUAGUUUAAAAAAAUUUAAAACACUUUAUCAAACUAUUUGGUUUUCUUAAAGUACAAGAUAAGAUCAUAUUGAUUGUUUUGUUUACCAAUUUUACCAUCCAGAACCAGUGCCUUGGUAGCCUCCAAAGAAACAAGUCAUGAGUUUGUAGUCUUUAUAGUCAUAAUUUUUGUUAUGUCCAAAUUCUGUAAUUUUUGACCAAUGAGAGACACUUCAUAUUAGCUUUUGUAUCCUUUUGGUUAUUGAUACUUGUUGUCAGGAAAAGAUGUUGCAAUCUUACAUAUUUCCUUUUCAAAAUGUGGAAUCAAGAGCUAUCUUGGGUAGAAAAUUAAAGCCUUGAUAACUAAAUUAUCAGGUAAUGUAAAAAUCAGAAAACAUUAAUGAUGCUCAUUUUUUUGGUGCCAGGACUUUUUGCUUGUCAGGCAGGUACUGUACCACUGAGCCAUAUCCUAGCCCCAUUAGUGGUGUUCUUAAUAUAUGUUUUCUGAUUUGUCCUUUCAUGGGAAAUGUUCAAAGAUGACAAAGUUUUAAACUUUUUCAUUGUAAAUAACAGGUAAUAUAUACGGUAUAUUGAUCUUUCUUUGAAAAUUAAGUUUAUUCAUGCCUAUUGGGAAUCUCAGGAGACUGAUUAUAAAAGUCAAGAUUUUUUUUUUUUUGUUUGAGUAGUUAAAAGCAUUAUAAAGUUGUAUUCAAAGAGCCAGAAAUAGUUCAGUGGCACAAGCAGCUUCCUGGCAGGCAUGAGAUCGUGAGUUUGAGUCCUGAUGCCAAAAAGAGACAGAAGGAGCGAGGGAGAGGUGGAAAGAGGGAGGAAGAAAGGAAAGUUGUAUUUAAACUAGGUUGUUGCCACUGUGUAGAAAUGUAUAUAUAUCAAGUGCCCUCAUUAAAACAUGACUCAAUUUCAUAGUAUGGGUUUUAAUAGAGACUAAGGACAUUUGAAUGAUUAUCUGUGCAGAGGUAACGGCCUCUUGUACAGCUGGUUGUAAGGCAGGCCUGGUAAAUAAUGAGUGUUGGAUGGUGACUGUUAUGGUUUGUGUCUAAGUGGCCCCCCAAAGCCUCAUGCCGUCAUAGAGGUGGCUGAAUCUAGCAUUGUGAUUGGUUUGUUGUCUGGCUCUGGAAUUGCCCGUGUGACUGUUGCACCUAUUUUUUCCUUUUUUGCUCUUGCUGUUUGUGGCUGCCAUGGAUAGUAGCCCUUCAGCAAUGCUACCCUGUCUUCGAACCAACUGAAUAUGGGCUGAAAUCUCCAAAAACUGUAAGCUAAAUAAACCUCUCUUUCCCCCA